UUUCUUUCGUCCUCUUUCCUUUCUCUCACCAAUCCAAUCCAAUACACCCUUUUCCUACCCUGUGCCUGGACUGGUUUUCCUUUUCUCUUUCCUUUUUCCUUAUUCUAACCAAUUCUACUGGUUUGGUUUUGGGAGGGGUUUGAUACUUCAUUGGCCUGAUCAGCGUGGUGUACAUGCAGAUAGAUAUCUUUCAAGCAUAAUUUUCCUACACGUCUAGUUGCUUUUUCCUGUCGUCGCAUUGGGCCUGUCGGGUGGUGAUCACUGAUCGCAUUCCCGCACUCAAAUGGCGCCACCAACGCAACCUCUCAACCUUGAUGUCGAGGCAAUCUCGGGAAUUGCAGGCUCCAUCUCCAUCGCAUGCUGGGUGGUCGUCUUCAGCCCCCAGAUCAUCGAGAACUUCCGCCGCAAGGCAGCAGACGGCCUGUCCCUCCAGUUCGUCAUCGUCUGGCUCGCCGGCGAUGUCUUCAACAUCCUCGGCGCCGUCCUGCAGGGCGUGCUGCCCACCAUGAUCAUCCUGGCCAUCUACUACACCAUCGCCGACAUCGUCCUGCUGGGCCAGUGCUUCUACUACCGGGGCUUCACCUGGAAGGACGAGGUCGUCCCGCCACCGCCCAAGAAGAGGAGGAACAACAACAACAACGGCAAUAGUAAUGGGAAUGGCGCCAGCCAGCACCACCACCAAAACAACGGCAACGGCAACGGCAACGGCAGCCCCGCCCGCGCCGAGCAGCCCAGCGAGCGCACCACCCUCCUGGGCCACGCCCAAGACCAGCGCGAGCGCCGCGGCUCCGACUGGUCCGAACGCCUCAUCCACGUGAACCCGAUCCUGCCCCUGAACGAGCCGACCGCGACGCCUCCCCCGCCCGCCUCGGCCCUGCAGACCCUAGCCUGGAACACGGUGGCCGUCAUCAUGGUGAUCGGCGCGGGCGUGGCCGGGUGGGCGCUGAGCCGGGGCUACAACAACAACGGGGAUGACGGACAGCAGCCCGGGGAGGGGGACAGCCAUGACACCGACGAGAUCCGCUUCGACCUGUGGGGCCAGAUCUUUGGCUACCUGUGCGCGGUGCUGUACCUGGGCUCGCGGCUGCCGCAGCUGCUCCUCAACUGGCGGCGCAAGUCGACCGAGGGCCUGAGCAUGCUCUUCUUCCUGUUCGCGUGCCUGGGCAACCUGACCUACGCCCUGUCCAUCUUCGCCUACGACCCCAGGUGCUACGGCGACGAGGCGGGCUGCGGGCCCGGCGAGGCCGGCAAGGUCUACGGCCGGUACAUACUGGUCAACCUGUCGUGGCUGGCCGGCAGCGUCGGCACGCUGCUGCUCGACAUGGGCGUGUUUGUGCAGUUCUUCCUGUACAACAAGGCCCGGGAUGGGGACGAGGAGGGGGACGGGAGCGCGGUUGAGGAUUUUGAAGACGACGACGACGACCGGGACGGGGACGGGAGGAGCAUCGACGGGGACAGGUGGGACCAGAGGCCGAUCCUGGAGAGGAACCAGUCCGAGUGGUCUGCCUAG